AUGGCCGAUCUCGAUGAACUGAAACAGAAGUAUAAAUUCCACGAGGAGACACUGAGUUACUUUAAACUACGUGCCGAGGCUGGCUUUGGAUCGUAUCCGAACGCACCGUCUAUAGAAGCGGCAAGGGAUAUUAAUUUACAAGUGACAAAAAAAUUUGCAGGCGAGAUCGAAUUUGACGGCAAAGUGAAGGAAUUUAAUGUUCCGUCACCUUAUGCUCCCGAUGGUAUUCCUGUGACGGUUUAUAGAUCCAAGAACUGCGAUCUCGUUGUAGCUCCAUCCAUUUUUGUAUUUUUCCACGGAGGUGGUAAUGUUGUUGGAUCAAGGCAGACCUGUGAUGUCAUCUGCAAAAUAUUUUCAAGCAUCAAUGAUGAGUCCCAGAAGGAUGAAACAGCUGUUUGA